AUGUCUUAUCCAGAACCCGAAGUGAAAUUUACUCAACCAAGCAAAUAUGUUGGAUUUGACACAAUCACAACACAAAUCGAGAAUAGAUUAUUAAAAAGAGGUUUCCAAUUUAAUAUUAUGGUUGUUGGUCGUUCUGGGUUAGGUAAAAGUACUUUGAUCAAUACAUUAUUUUCCUCCAAUCUCACCAAUUCCAAUGGUAGAAAGUCUCCAUAUGAACCAAUUGAAAAGACCACUGAGAUCAAGGUUUCUCAACAUUCAUUAUUGGAAAAUAACGUACGUCUCAAUAUUAACGUUAUAGAUACUCCAGGAUUUGGCGAUCAAAUCAAUAAUGAGAAAUGCUGGGAUCCUUUAGUUAAAUAUGUCAAGGAGCAACAUUCUCAGUAUUUGAGAAAAGAAUUAACUGCGCAACGAGAAAAGUAUCUCCCUGAUACAAGAGUUCACUGUAUCUUGUAUUUUAUCGCUCCAAAUGGCCAAAAGUUGAAACAAUUGGACAUUCAAGCUUUAAAGAAAUUGUGUGAAAUAGCUAAUGUUGUGCCAAUCAUUGCAAAGUCAGAUUCACUUACUUUUGAAGAACGUAACGAAUUUAAAAAACUCUUGCAAUCUGAAUUCAUGAAGUAUGGGUUCAAUAUAUAUCCAUACGAUUCCGAAGAUCUUUAUGAAGAGGAAAGGCAAUUGAAUGAAGAUAUUAAAUCAUUGAUUCCUUUUGCUAUUGCAGGAAGUGAAACUGAAAUUAGAUUAGAUACAGGUGAAAUGGUCAGAGGCAGAAAGACAAAAUGGGGAGCAAUAAAUAUCGAAGAUGUAAGCCAAUGUGAAUUUGUAUUUUUAAGAGAUUUUCUUACAAGAACUCAUUUGCAAGAUUUAAUUGAAACUACCAAUUUAAUUCAUUACGAAACUUUUAGAGCUAAACAAUUGAUUGCAUUAAAGGAAAAUGCGUCAAAUCCAAACAGGCAAUCUCAAAUUAAUAGUCAGCAACAACACCUGGUGCAACAUCAGCAAACCAUUACUACUGCUCAUUAA